ACGGCGCCUGAUAGUUUAGCCGUAGAAAAGAUUAUUGCAUUUUCACUUUUCCGUCAGGAAAUACUCUCACAGGCACCUUACUUUAAACAAUAACCUUCACAUUCAACCCUGGCCUAGUGUCCUCAUUAUCAAUCCCUGUCGCAGUUGCAGGCGGGAGUCAGGCGGUGUGAGGACAGCCCCACGGUGCCGAAAGUCCCCUUCCCGAUUCCUCCUGUGAAGACGUAGCUGCGGCUGGCUGAGGUGGUGGCGUUCAAGAUGUCGACCAAGAAUUUCCGAGUCAGUGACGGGGACUGGAUUUGCCCUGACAAAAAAUGUGGAAACGUAAAUUUUGCUAGAAGAACCAGUUGUAAUCGAUGUGGUCGGGAGAAAACAACUGAAGCCAAGAUGAUGAAAGCUGGAGGCACUGAAAUAGGAAAGACACUUGCAGAAAAGAGCCGAGGCCUAUUUAGUGCUAAUGACUGGCAGUGUAAAACUUGCAGUAAUGUGAAUUGGGCCAGAAGAUCAGAAUGUAAUAUGUGUAAUACUCCGAAGUAUGCUAAACUAGAAGAAAGAACAGGCUAUGGUGGUGGUUUUAAUGAAAGAGAAAAUGUUGAAUAUAUAGAAAGAGAAGAAUCUGAUGGUGAAUAUGAUGAGUUCGGACGUAAGAAGAAAAAAUACAGAGGAAAGGCAGUUGGUCCUGCAUCCAUAUUAAAAGAAGUUGAAGACAAAGAAUCAGAGGGAGAAGAAGAGGAUGAGGAUGAAGAUCUUUCUAAAUAUAAAUUAGAUGAGGAUGAAGAUGAAGAUGAUGCCGAUCUCUCAAAAUAUAAUCUUGAUGCCAGUGAAGAAGAAGAUAGUAGUAAUAAAAAGAAGUCUAGUAGACGAAGUCGCUCAAAGUCUCGAUCUUCACAUUCACGGUCUUCAUCACGCUCAUCCUCCCCCUCAAGUUCAAGGUCUAGGUCCAGGUCCCGUUCAAGGAGUUCUUCCAGUUCGCAGUCAAGAUCUCGUUCCAGUUCCAGAGAACGUUCGAGAUCUCGUGGGUCGAAAUCAAGAUCCAGCUCCAGGUCCCACAGGGGCUCUUCUUCCCCACGAAAAAGAUCUUACUCAAGUUCAUCAUCUUCUCCUGAGAGGAACAGAAAGAGAAGUCGUUCUAGAUCUUCUUCAUCCGGUGAUCGCAAAAAAAGACGAACAAGAUCACGGUCACCCGAAAGGCACCACAGGUCAUCUUCUGGAUCGUCCCAUUCUGGUUCCCGUUCAAGUUCAAAAAAGAAAUAAUGUAUUAAAAUUUACAUCUUAAAAAAAAACCAGUGCAGUGCAUGAAACAUAAUUUUUAAGAAGUUGGUGUCUUACUUGGUCAGAAGUGCUAAAUCUGCUAGUAGAGGUGCAUGUCUUUCAUUGCUUUUCAGGACAAUACAGCUGUGUUUAUUUGUGAAAUUAAAAGUAAAUUGCAUUUUAAGCCAUAAUGUCCCCAAAUAGAUGCUCUAUUUAUUGUUCAUUAUUUACAGCCAUUUGCUUCAUUUAAAACCAUCUCAGCUAUAACAGAGUACUUUGUUUCCUAAUUUACAUUCUUUUUUUGUUGUUUUUGUUUUUUCACUUCUAAAUAUAUCCUGUCUGUUGGGUUACCUAGGCUUGCCUGAACUUUCGGCUCGGAGGCAAGACUGGUAAACUAAUUGGAAAUAUGUUUAUGUUAAUCUGAAAAAAGAAGUCAACUUGUUUAUGUUGUUAAGCCAUGUCUAAGUCAUUCUUACCAGAAAAAAAAAGUUAAACUAAGUAAUAAAACAGCCAGUUGCAAAUUUAUUUAUAUUGAAAUUCCCUAUUCUGAGGGUGCCUUAGAAUCAUUGUCUUAUCCAGCUUUACUUUUUUGCACCAUCACAUUUACUACAAAGCAGUCUUGUAAAUCACAGAAAGAGAAAGGUGUUACUCUUUUCUUUUUCUGACACACAAUUUGGGGCAAUAAAGAAAGUCUAAUAGUUCAUCUCUUUUCUACUGAUAUGGUUGCCUAAUAGGAAAAACAUCUUUCAAAAUGUUUGUCUUAAAUAAAUCUGAGAAGCUUUAUGUGAUAUCUUUUAAAGCUCCAGUUAUCAAAAUACAUUAGGAUAGAAAAGGCUAAAUCAUAGCUAAUAAGCAAAUUGAAGAAAGCUUUUGGAGUAUAUUUCUGUUUGGGUUUAAGCCCAACAGAUAUUGUGAAUUUAAGCCAGCAUUUGUGUUGAGCUAUUUAAACACAUUGCAUAUAAAGUUUUCUUCUGAAUAACAAAUGAAUGCUUAUUUCUGCAUGUUGUAAUCAGAAAUCAUUAUUUUUCUUAUCACUUGAAAUAACUUAUGGCUUAAAAUGCUUUCAGAGUUUUUUAUUUCCCAAAAUUGAAAUCUGUUCACUUGAGCUUCAUUUUGUUUUCUGGUUUCAAAAGAAUAAGAUUUCUCUUAACAGUAUCUUCAGUGACAAUACAAGGUAAGUAUAUUAAGGGAAAUCAAUAAUUGUGCUUGGGGGCUUUUUGCGCUGAUGUAUUGCUUUCUUUUUCCCCAUAACAUUGUCUGCUGCAAUUUAAAUAAAAAGUAAAACAUUUUAAGAUAUUUAGUAGACAGACCAAAACAAAAUUAUAUUCGUUUUUUAUUUUAAAGCGAAUGUGUUUCUGUUCAAGUGAUCUAAAGAUGAAAGCAAAGAUAUGUAGAAAUAUUUUGAUAAUAUUUUUACAAUGAGCUUCCCCAUGUUUUUUAUGUUUUAAUUUUCUUUGCUAUGUUUACUGUAGGUUGCACAAGAACUCUUACUCUCUUGUAAUUGUGCCUCAGACUUUUUGAAAGUCCACCUUCUAAAAUUUCCCAGAUGAUCUAGAUUCCAGUUGUUACCAUUGGUUUAUUCUUGUGCUUUCUGUAUUUAAAACUUUGGCUGUUCUAAGCAAGUGCAAGGUUAUAAAUUUAGCUAAUAGUAGUUUACAGACAAUUCAGAUGAUUAUGGUUUCAUUUGGUUUAACUAAGUUGUACUAGUUCAUUUCUUAAGGAAAUGUAAAUAAAGCCUGUGAGUCAAGCAUCAA